UAAGUAAAUUUGAAGAUAAACUCCUCCACUCCAACACUGAGUCACUUCUUCCUCAUACAAGAUCAAAAAAAAAAUUCCAAAAGAUGAAUAUAAAUAUGGCCCUUAAACCUACACAGGUAGACAAUUCAUGCACUUUGGUCAAUCCUGAAGCAACGGUGGUGGAGAUGAACAUCAGAUCAGGACUGAGAGAGCUGCUCUUACUUCUGGCAGUGAAUAUGGUUUGGCCUUCUGUAAUCCGUGACUGUACCACCCAACACUGUUUCAUCAUAAAAGAACUUCAGCUGAUGUCCAAGUUGCUUCUUGAAGGUUUUGUGGACAGCAACUUUGAAAAGGGAGCAGAAAAAACAAUCAACCCCAAUGUGACCCUGCAGGGGAUAACAAUGAGAAGUGACAUGACCAACUUGCAGAUCCAGGAGGGCGCCUGCAUAUUUUGGGAGCUGAUCAACCUUAUACACCAGCAUCAGAUGAAUAACAGUUUGGAAAACAACAAAACAAACUUCACCUACACCGCAGACCAGCUUGAGCACCUUUCAUAUGAAAUGAAGGACUCCGAUAUGUCCCAGAAGUGUGAGAAAAAAGGACUGAAUCCCUUUCCCAGUGGGGAGUUUCGCAGGAAGAAAAAGGGUUACCAGAUCCUGACAGCACUCAUCACGUGGUUGGAAAACGUGAAGGCAGCAGUGGGGAAGAUGGCUGUCAAAUGAUGCAGGGGACAUGUGGCAGGGAGGGUGGGGUAUUGGUGGUGAUGCCGAGGUGGCAUGCUGCUAUGGAGGGUGGGGCUUAUUUGAGGAGAACAAAAUGAAUUGUACACCAGUGUCACACGUGACUCAGUGUGGUUAGGGUGGCUCAGGGAGGCGGUGGGAUGGCACUUCCCUUACUACCCUUCACCCAUGGAUUAUUUCCUUUGACUUAUUCCCUAUAUAUUUAAGCAGGUUUGAAUUCUUCAGAUGAUCUUUAACAUGGAAAACGCUACAUGUGUAGAUCAAGACUUAGGAUGCACUCCAAGACACCAGCACACAUCCGUAAGGAAUGUGGAAUGAGUGCACCAGUUCAUUUCUGUGGCCCACUUGCUUCAUUCAUGCACUGAACCAUCUGGCACUGCUGGUGGUGUUCACCAGAGGGCAACGUGCAAGUUCAACAUGUACAGAAUGCCAAAGACUUCCACCUGAAGGUGCAGAUCAACACCAA